CAGAAAAUCAGGACGAAUCAUUCAAAGAAAUGACACUUCCAAGUGCGGCUCGUGUCUACACAGAUGUAAAUGCACACAAGCCGGAUGAAUAUUGGGACUACGAAAACUAUGUAGUAGAUUGGGGAAACCAAGACGAUUAUCAAUUGGUCCGUAAAUUAGGACGUGGAAAGUAUUCUGAGGUGUUUGAGGCUAUUAAUAUUACAACAACAGAGAAGUGUGUUGUUAAAAUUUUAAAACCUGUUAAAAAGAAGAAAAUCAAGCGCGAAAUCAAAAUUUUGGAAAACUUGCGUGGUGGAACAAAUAUAAUUACACUGUUAGCAGUUGUAAAGGAUCCAGUAUCCCGUACCCCGGCGUUGAUUUUCGAACACGUCAAUAACACGGAUUUCAAGCAACUUUACCAAACACUAACUGAUUAUGAGAUUCGGUACUAUCUGUUUGAACUCCUUAAGGCACUUGACUACUGCCACAGUAUGGGAAUAAUGCAUCGUGAUGUUAAGCCCCAUAAUGUAAUGAUCGAUCAUGAAAAUCGAAAAUUGCGCCUUAUAGAUUGGGGGCUUGCCGAAUUUUAUCAUCCCGGUCAGGAGUAUAAUGUUCGUGUGGCAUCGAGAUACUUUAAAGGUCCAGAAUUACUGGUCGAUUACCAGAUGUAUGAUUAUUCACUCGAUAUGUGGUCACUAGGUUGUAUGUUGGCAUCGAUGAUAUUUCGAAAAGAGCCCUUUUUCCAUGGUCAUGACAACUAUGAUCAAUUGGUUCGCAUUGCUAAGGUGCUGGGCACCGAAGAGCUGUAUGCUUAUUUAGAUAAAUAUAAUAUUGACCUAGAUCCACGAUUUCAUGACAUUCUACAACGCCACUCACGAAAACGAUGGGAAAGAUUUGUUCAUUCUGAUAACCAACACUUAGUUUCUCCUGAAGCACUCGAUUUUCUUGAUAAACUUUUACGUUAUGAUCACGUUGAUCGACUAACAGCUCGCGAAGCUAUGGCUCAUCCAUAUUUUUUACCUAUCGUCAAUGGACAAAUGAAUCCCAAUAACCAACAAUAAAAGGUUAUUUCAUUAUGAUGAACACUGUGUUUCGAGAUCGGGAUCGCAGCCAUUUAACAUUUAUGAUAAUAAUUAUGAAAAAUAUAAAAUCGGAAAACAAAUAAAGUAAAUUAAGCUACUGUCUUUAAAGAAAAUAGAUUUGAUGAACUGUUCGUAUAGGAAAUAAACAUCAAAAUUUAACAAGCUUCCACAGCAAAA